AUGUCCAUUGUCGGCUUGUGCUACUUUGCGGUUUGCGGCGGACCCAUUGGCUCCGAGUACAUCAUUUCCGCUGGUGGUCCGCUGAUCGGAUUCAUCUUUUUGCUGUUGUUUCCCUUCAUCUUCGGGAUCCCAAUCGCUUACGUGACGGCUGAGCUGAGCACCACCUUCCCACAGGACGGAGGCUACACGGUUUGGGUGCUGAAUGCUCUGGGACCUUUCUGGGCUUUCCAGACGGGCUACUGGGCGUGGGUUUCAGGCGUGAUCGACAACGCCAUUUACCCUGCACUUGCAGUGGCUACGUUCACUGAUGUCUAUGGAUCCAUCGACUCGCCCGUUGCAGAGUACUUCAUCAAAGCAGCCAUCGCGGUAGCGCUGGCGCUUCCGAAUCUGCUGGGUAUCCGCAUCGUGGGCAGAGGAAUGGCGGAUUGGGGUGCAGUGAGCGAAGUUCGUCGUUCUGACAUCGUGUACGAUGAAAAUGGAGAUUUCGUCAGCAUGUCUGGCGGUCUUGAUAUCGAUUGGUCGCUGCUGAUCAACACGCUCUUCUGGAACUUCAACGGUGCCGUUGGGAUGUCGGUGUUCGGUGGCGAGGUAGCCAACCCAGGGUAUACGUAUCCACGCGCGCUGCUGCUCUCCGUGCUGCUGGUGGCGCUCACAUACUUGGCGCCACUGUUUGGUGCCACGGUGUUCAACUCGCCGCACUGGACGACGUGGGAAGAAGGGUCGUUCUCAAGCAUAGCGGAAGACAUCGGCGGGAGCUUUCUCUCGAACUGGGUUGUUCUGGCGACCUUCUGCAGCAAUGCCGGCAUGUACAUCGCUGAGCUCUUUUGCGACUCGUUCCAGAUCCUGGGAAUGGCGGAAUGUGGCCUCGCUCCAGUAUUCCUAAAGGCGCGCAACAAACGCUUCAACACGCCUCACAACGCGGUCUUUGCCAGUCUCGUGAUCAUCCUCACCAAUGCGCUUUCAGCUUUCUAUCAGCUGCUGAUUUUGAUCGCGUUCGUCAAGCUGCGCUUCUCGCAACCCGAUACCGAACGCCCGUUCAAAGUCCCCGGAAAUAGUGCUCUCCUGAUCAUCGCCCUCUUGAUCACAACCGGUCUUCUCAUUUACAUCGCGGUUGACGUCUUUUUCACGAUCACCCCGGCGAUGUUAGUCGUGGGCAUGACGCUUGCUGGCCUUUUCUACGCUCGUUGGAAAAAGUUCACCCGCGCGCAAUUUCGUCAACUUGCCACCAACUCCGAGUCCUGA